UAGUGAAAAGUCUCAGAAACAAGGUAUUUGUAUUCGGCUGGACAAGAUGGAACUACAACUGCAUGCCGUCUAGGAAGCGUUGGCGGUGUGCGCAUGCGCACAAUUUAUAAACAAUCAGGACUUUUAUUUUGGCUCUGGUUACAGUAUGGGGAGUAAUAAGAGCUAGCGUGUAAGCGUUUCCGCGCUUUAUUUAUUACAAAUUUUUUUUAAAUUGUUUGCAUUUUCAUACGAAAGAAAUCUAACACAAAAAGUAUAUACAGUUGUAUAUACAGGUGGAUGCUAUUUACGUUAAAGUUACCCGAGAAGCGCCAUUGUAACAUUUCAAUGCUGUCUAAAGAUGUGAACGACGGUUUCUUAUUAGAUAUUUUGUGCUCUUUAUCAAACUUUACGUUCUUUUCGGAGUUUAUGUAAUUGUUUAACGCUUGGUUGAAGUCUACCGAGUAAAAACGCCAUGAGAACAGAACAAGCUCGAGCAAGCGUUCAUAUUUUACACUUACUUUAGCCGUUAGCUAAUUGUGUGACGCUGGUGGAGACUAGCUGCCACACAGCGACUGCUUGCCUCUUGUCUUUAAAGCUGAAAGCAGCUGGUAUUUGAACUGGUGUUUGGGAAGAUGGCUGAAACCAGGGAAGAGCGGCGAUUCGCUGAGGUUUCUCGGGAAUCCAUCAAACUGAUGGCUGAGAGUACCGGGGUGGAGCUGGCUGAUGAUUUAGCAGCGAUGCUGGUUGAGGAUGUUUGUUACCGUCUCAGAGAAGCAACACAGAACAGCUCCCAGUUUAUGAGACACGCCAAAAGAAGAAAACUGACUGUAGAGGACUUCAACAGAGGACUGCGCUGGAGUAAUACUGAGGUUGUAUGUGGUUAUGGUGCCCAGGAUGCCUUACCAUUUCGACCACUUAAAGAGGGAGAGCUGUUCUUUGUCGAGGAUCGGGAAGUUAACUUGGUCGAGUUGGCCCUUGCCACCAACAUUCCCAAGGGUUGUGCUGAGACCACAGUACGAGUGCACGUGUCAUAUCUUGAUGGGAAAGGAAAUCUGGAACCUCAAGGCACAGUUCCCAAUGCUGUCCAGUCUCUGUCUGAUGACCUACUGAAGUAUUACCAGCAGAUCACUAGAGCCAUAUUAGGAGAGGAUCCACAUCUAAUGAAGGUUGCUUUGACUGAUCUUCAGUCCAACUCCAAGAUUGGUGCACUCCUGCCUUAUUUUGUUUAUGUCAUAAGUGGGGUCAAGUCAGUAAGUCAUGAUCUGGAUCAGCUGAACAGGCUAUUGCACAUGGUGAAGAGUCUGAUUCAGAACCCAUACCUGUAUCUGGGCUCAUACGUGCGCAGCCUGGUCUCCAGUGUCAUGUACUGCAUCCUUGAGCCACUCGCCGCCUCUAUUAAUCCACUUAAUGACCACUGGACCCUGAGAGACUAUGCUGCUCUGCUGCUCAGCAACAUUUUCUGGACUCAUGGGGAUCUGGUCAGCGGUCUGUACCAUCAGAUAUUGCUGUCACUGCAAAAGGUUCUGUCCGACCCAGUGCGACCGCUGUGCUCUCACUAUGGAGCUGUGGUCGGCUUACAUGCUCUUGGCUGGAAGGCUGUUGAGCGUGUGUUGUAUCCUCACCUGACUGCCUACUGGACGAAUCUGCAAGCUGUGUUGGAUGAUUACUCUGUCUCAAACGCACAAGUGAAAGCAGACGGACACAAAGUCUAUGGAGCCAUUCUGGUGGCAGUGGAGCGCUUGCUAAAGAUGAAGAGUCUAACUGCAGAAGGGGCUUCUGUUAAUCUUCAGAACUCGACAGGAGGAGCCGUGUACUUCAAAGAGAGCUCACCAGGCCUCAGCCCCCCUCCUGAACCCCUCUCCGAAGCCCCUCUAGGCAUCGCCAGUCACUUACAGGCAGCUGGAGCAGGAUGCAAAUGGGAGGAAUGGACCCCUGUCUCCCUUCCUGCCAUGUACUGCGAGCUCUACUCCUUUUUUGGAGAUAGUCUGGCAGUGCGCUUUAGCACCGGACCUGCAUUAGGCAGUGCACCACCUACACCCCCAGCUCCGCCUUCAGAGGCUAGGAAAGAGCCAGCGAGCAGCACAGGAAGUCUGGAGAGCACACGCAAGAUGCCACAACUCACUGCUAACAUGAACAUUAGUCCCAGGCCAGACGGAAGCCCACGCACUGAGCCUAUACCCGCCCUGGCGAGUACAACAUCAGGGAGGUCUCUUGCUCGCUCCUCAUCUUCAGCUGUAGUCUCCUGCUCCAGGUCCUCCUCCUCCCGGCCAGGGCGCUCGACCAGCCAAUCACGAGACGUCUUCCCGAAGUCUCGCUUUGUGCCUCCCCAGGCCGGGCCUCCAGCUUUCUCUUUUCUGAUUGGUGGGAGGCAGAUGGGUCGGCGAUGCCAGGGACGACGCUUCCAGACGUGCUUCACUCAGACACCGGCUAUCAGUUCCGUUCCACCACGGGGGUAUGCCCACAAACUACCCGUUAUAGGCAGAGUGAGCAAACCGGUCAGGCGCUGGGCGUGCUCUCAUUACUCACUGUACCUGCCUCUUUAAGACUUGUGGAGACCUGAGAUAUACUAGUAAGAACUAAACACAGAAAGGUCGGAUACCAAACUGGUUUUUGACUACCACUAUUUGUCUUUUUUUGUAGUUGUCUGUCAUUCAAGACAUUAUUUUUGUAUGUGAGCAUAAAUGUUGUUUAUUAAAGGCAGUGGGAGGCCUUAUGUUUUCUUUAAUAUUCAAACUAGAUGAAUGUGAAGAUGUUCAACUAUUUUUCGAUAUUUCGUAAUAUCGUAAUAUGUUCUGCGCACCACUGGUCAGGGGGUCAUUUCAUUGUCCUGGUCAGGAACAAAAAAGGGAAUCACUGGGUGCAAUGCAGUGUUACACCACGGACAGACCGAACGCCAGUCCAUCGUGGAGCCUCAGCCACCCCUCCCCCCUUUCUGCUGCCUGUACCACUGAGUGGCAAGCUUGAAAACAAUACACAAUAUUGACUGACAGUGUUGACAGUUUAUUCACUGCAGUUCAGAUUAAAACAAGAAAGCUCUGUGACUGUCUUCGUUAGGAGACGUGAGAGGAUAAAAAAGAAAGUGAGUUAAUAAAAUUAUAUUGCUUCAACCAAUUGGUGCAUU